AUGGGACAAGACAAGCCUUACAUGGUCAUCUUCAAGGAUGGCACUCCCCAGUCUGCCAUCGAUGAGCACAAGACCAAGGUGCAGCAGGCAGGCGGUACUAUCAAGCAGACCUUCGACUCGAGCAUCAUGAAGGGUUUUGCUGCUACUCUUCCCGAGAGCUUCGCUCAGGAGCUGACGAGCGCUAGUGUUGGCGGCAAGCAUGAGCACAUCGAAUACGUUGAGCCUGACAGCGAAGUCAAGACCAUGUAA